AUGAUAAGACUUAAAUAUGUAUUGCACAAUCAGGACUUGCUGGCUGGUGGAACCGAGAGUACAGCAGUGAUCGUGGAGUGGGCAAUCUCAGAGCUGCUAAAGAAGCCGGAGAUUUUCAACAAGGCAACAGAGGAAUUGGAUCGAGUGAUUGGGCAGAACAGAUGGGUACAAGAAAAGGACAUCCCAAAUUUUCCAUACAUAGAGGCAAUUGUUAAAGAGACUAUGCGACUUCACCCCGUGGCACCAAUGUUAACUCCACGGCUCUGCGGAGAAGACUGUAAAGUAGCCGGCUACGACAUUCUGAAAGGAACCAGGGUCCUAGUAAGCGUAUGGACUAUCGCAAGAGACCCUACUUUGUGGGACGAGCCUGAGGCGUUCAAACCUGAGAGGUUUCUCGGAAAUUCCAUUGAUGUCAAAGGACAUAAUUUUGAGCUACUGCCAUUUGGAGCUGGGAGAAGGAUGUGUCCGGGAUACAACUUAGGGCUUAAGGUGAUUCAAGCUAGCUUAGCUAAUCUUCUACACGGAUUUAAAUGGUCAUUGCCCGAUAAUAUGACCCCUGAGGACCUCAACAUGGAGGAAAUUUUUUGCCUCUCCAUACCAAAAAAGAUUCCACUUGCUGCUGUGAUUGAGCCAAAACUUGAACCAAAUCUUUACUCUGCUUGA